AUGAGCCAAUUCUCAAAUAUGCUUUCUAAGAUUAACAUCGACCAGGGUGGUGUCGAUAUUCCUAUGAAGAAGAAGACUGUUCAUGUCUCUGGAAAGGAGGUGAACUACUUCAAUAAAAUCUUUGAUAUUGUCGAUUAUGAUGAGGAUGAUAAGAUCGACGGAAAGGAGGGAGCUCAGUUCCUGCGCAGAUCGGGUCUCGAUAACGACGUCCUCGGCGAGAUUUGGAAGCUCGCUGGAAAUGGAAAGAACAAGCCGACUCUGUCCAGAAAUGGAUGGAUGAUUGCUUGCAUGCUGGUUGCUUGCGCUCAGCAGGAUGGUGAGCCUUCCAUCAAGGCCAUUGCUGGAAACAGCUACGAUCUCCCCGAUUUUGCUCUUGCUCCCGACAGUGACUACUCUGAGGGUUUGACUCUUCCCGACGGAGACAAGACCUUUGAGAUUUCGAUCGCCAAGCCCCACACUGUGGGAACGAUGUUCAACAAGCACACGGAGUACGCCAUCAGCGUCAAGACCACGAUGGAGAACUAUCCCGUGGACAACCUGAAGGUGAACCGCCGCUACUCCGACUUCGAGUGGCUGUUCAACCGCCUCACCCGUACCUUCCCGGGCCGUGUGAUUCCCCCCAUUCCCGAGAAGCAGUCCCGCAACCGUUUCGACAAGGACUUCGUGGAGGGCCGUCGUCUGGCGCUGCAGAAGUUCAUCGACGAGGUCACUCGCGACCCGACCUUCGCCGUGACCUACGACGUGCAGGUGUUCCUCACCGCCUCCUCGGAGGGUAUGACCGCUGCGCGUAGCAUCAUGCCUGGCGGCGAUGGUGCCGUGCUGGACAUGGUGAACAAGGCCGUGGCCGCCACUCGCUCGGGAGUGAACAAGAUGAUCGAGUCCACCACCGGAAACGCCAUCGAUAUGGUGGACCAGACCGCCGAGUUCGGCGAUGUGGAGUACAACCUCGUCAAGUACAGCGAGCAGAUGAAGAAGGUGAUCUCCGCCGGAGAGCGCAUGGUGGCUUCGGAGACCAACGCCGCCAAGGCCUGGAUCGACAUGUCCGGAUCGUUCUCGCAGUUCGUGGUGGUGGCUCGCACCUUCGAGACCGUGGACGGACUGGACUACUUCACGAAGGUGUCCGACAACCUGAAGGAGAUCGGUAACUACGAGAAGUUCGACAGCAACGCGCAGAACGAGGGACUCAUCACCGAUCUGCGUAUGUUCAGCGGCAAGGCCCUGUCCGUGUGCCAGGUCAUCCACAACCGCGACCGCGCCAUGAAGGAGAUCGAGAAGGCCGAGAAGGCGAUCGACAAGGCCAAGGACAAGGUGCAGGAGGCCAAGGCCGAGGGCAAGAAGGCCGUGAAGAAGGCCAAGGAGGCCGUGGAGAAGGCCAAGGAGAAGAGAGACGCGAAGGAGAAGGCCUCGGCCGAUGUGCUGCAGGGAGUCAAGGACGGAGUGGUGUCCUUCCACAAGGAUCGCGUGAAGCUCGGAAUCGAGUGCCUGCAGCGCUUCACCGAGCAGCGCGUGGACUACUGCGAUGAGAUCACCAAUAAAUGCGCCUCGCUGAUCAACCUGCUGGGCUACACCGCCGAGGAGAUCCGCGACAGCGGCAUCCGCAUGAAGAGCAUUGCCGAUGACCAGGCUGCCUAUGAUGCUGCUCUGGAGGCCAUGGAGGCUGACGAGAACGCCAGAGACGAUGACUCGGAUGAUUCCGACUCCUCCGAUGACUCUUCUGACGACUCUUCCGACGAGUCCUCUGACUCCGAUCGCAAGCCUGCCAAGAAGGCUGCCAAGAAGCCCGCCAAGAAAUCGAAGAAGGUCUCUUCCGAUUCCGAUGAUUCCGACGACUCCGACGAUUCUGAUGACUCCGAUGACUCGGACAGCGAUUCCGACAGCGAUUCGGACUCCGAUGACUCGGACUCGGAUAGCGAUUCCGACCGCAAGCCUGCGAAGAAGGGAAAGAAGCCCGCCAAGAAGCCUGCCAAGAAGGCGAAGAAGUCCAAGGCGGAUACGGACUCUGACUCUGACUCCGAUUACGCUGCUAUGUAACUCUUGUUAUUGUUGUUUGCG